ACGUUGUGUGAGUGGUGAAACCCUGAUCAGAGAGCAAGGGGAAACAGUUGGACACACAGUAGUGUAACUGUAAAACAUUUUCAGGCUCCGGUUGGUCGCCACAAACUAGGAAUGGCUGUCUGGUAAUGUGGACCUUCGGCUGUGGAAGCCAUCGAUGCCGCUGUCGUCCCCCCGCCGUGCCUUCGUGAGCUCUGACGGGCCGAGACCCACCGCCAUGGCCUCAGCGUUACCCCGCUGCACAUCUGUCAGACUCCCCGCUGUGGCCACCGUCGUCCUGCUCCUGAUGUCGGUGACCACUGUACAGUCCUCUCAAGGCGACAAGGAGCCGGUUUACCGAGACUGUGUGAAGCAGUGUGUCCGGACCAACUGCACCGGAGCUCGGCUACGGGGCUUCCAGUCUGCCCAGCCGCAGUACAUGGCGCUGACAGGUUGGACAUGUCGUGAUGACUGUCGCUACCAAUGCAUGUGGACCACCGUGGGGCUUUAUCAGGCCGAGGGGUACAGGGUCCCACAGUUCCACGGCAAGUGGCCGUUUGCGCGCUUCCUGGUUUUCGAGGAGCCAGCUUCUGCCCUGGCCUCUCUGCUCAAUGGCCUGGCUUGCCUUCUAAUGCUGCUGCGCUAUCGGAGCACGGUGCCACGCCAAAGCCCAAUGUACCACACCAUCAACGCCUUCUCUCUGGUUUCCCUCAAUGCCUGGUUCUGGUCCACAGUGUUUCACACCCGGGACACGUAUCUAACUGAGAAAAUGGACUAUUUCUGUGCAACGGCAGUCAUUCUUUACUCGAUCUAUCUAUGCUGUGUCAGAACAUUGGGUCUGAGGCGACCUGGGGUGUCCAGCAUGGUGGGAGUGGUGCUCAUCUUGGCCUUUACCUCGCAUGUGUCCUACUUGACCUUUGUCAGUUUCGACUACGGCUACAACAUGGCUGCUAACGCCUCUAUCGGCAUGGUAAAUCUCCUGUGGUGGCUGUGUUGGUGCUGGCAGAACCGGCGGACCCUGCCAUACUGGUGGAAGUGCGGCCUAGUGGUGCUGCUGCUUCAUGGUCUGGCCCUGCUGGAGCUGCUGGACUUCCCUCCAAUGCUCUGGAUCCUAGAUGCUCACGCUGUGUGGCACCUGAGCACUGUACCAGUCCACUUCCUUUUCUACAGUUUCCUGAUAGAUGACAGCCUCUACCUACUAAACACAGAGAAGAUGGGUGUCAAAGUCGAGUAGGAGGAGCUCAUCGCCUCUUCACCACGUCUACACCCUCGCACCUCUCCAAUCAGGGCAGCCGAACACGGAAGUAGCUCAGCCUCCCAGAUGACAUGCAUGACAACACUAUGACUUCCAUCAAAGCAGACUUCGUUUACAUUUCUCGUUUUAAUUAGUUUUUUUUUGUGGAUAAUUUCUCUCUUCUUUUAGAAUGAUCAAGAUUGAUGUUUGCUCUACUUAUCUUUGCCUUGUACUGACGUACUCUACGGUUCUUUUGCCAUUCGCAAAAAUAACUUCAAAACAGGAUGAAGGAAAAGGUUUCCCACAGCAUACACAGUUUUUGACUUCCAGUUGGGAUGCAUAUCCUGUUUCUUUUGACUCUUGGGUACUUUGAAAUUGAAUCUCUGAACCCGCGAUUUGACUCUCACCAGCCUCUUGGAAGUCCAACAUGCUAGUUUCUGCACAAAUGGCAGUUUGCGGUGACUGACAAUAGAUGGCACCAAAUCUCUUGUCAGGCCAUCAUAACCUACUACUGUGUGGUACAGCAUGUGUCAGGGUCCAUCUGUGCCAAAAGUGGACUGGCGGACACAGAGAGGUGCCCCUUGUGAAGGGAGAUUGUUCUAGAGAGAGGGGGAAGGGGGUUUAUGUUUGGAGGCCAUACUAGCUGACUGUGUUUUUUUUUUUCUUUUCUCGCCAUCACACCUUUAUUUUUGUGCCUCUGUUUGUUUCCACUGCUGCUUUUUUUUCUCUUCUUUAUAAUUUCAGAUCUUCCUUCUCAUCAGCUGCCUUUUAAAUCCUUUUGUUUGUCUUCGACCAAUUUGUGCUUUAUUCUGUUGACAGUUUUACUUUGAUUACUUGAUUUUGAAUUUUGGGUGGGAUAUGCCUGAUGAUCAUAAGAUGGAAAUGUUACACUUAUUCACCUGGAUUGCCUUUUAGUGUGAGGAAAAGGAGAAAAUUAUUGAGGUAGGAAUAAUAAGCUACAGCAGGAAGCUGCAGUCAGUGGGGCUUUUUAUUUUACAUCAAGAGUUUCUAAUAAAUUCUGGGGUUAGGUGGUGUGUGUGAAUGAGUGUUCAUGUGUUUGUUUGACACCCAUUAUUUGGAUUUGGUUGCAUUUGUUGGUGUAAUAUUUCCCAGAAUGGCCACACACACACACACACACACACACACACACACACACACACACACAACCAGCUGCUUUACAGAUAACUGCCCCAUCAUGUGAAAUACUCCUUUGUAUUUCCCUCCAUGUCUGCCUUACACACUGUAUCAUAACUUGCUUGUCAAUGACAAUAUUUCUUUUUUUUAAAAGCAGAUCUUUUUUUGCUCUCAAAGUUGGCAUCAAAACUCUUGAAUACAUACCACGUAUGUCUUCAUCCCUCAGAGUUUCCCUUCCAUAUGUGCACUUUACGUGUGAGUCUGUACAUUUACGUGCAUUUUUUGUUUAAAAUUCUGCCCAUGCCUUUUGUAUUUCUGUGCGAGAAUGUGAACAAUGACCACUAUGUGUGUACACAUUG